CGGAGAAAUGGGCCGGCCCUUGAAGGGGCUGGCCAGUGGCGGCAGCGGCGGCAGCAGCAGGCCGCCCUCCGAGGCAGCAGGUAGAGCCAGCGAGCGGCACUGCUGCGACUGUGCUGUGUCGCCCGCAGUUCCGCCCGGCGAGGCAGAGGAGCAGAGCGCUGCGUAAAAGCGCCGCGCAAAAGCGCGCCCGGCUCGGCAGCCGCAGGGAGGAGGAGAAGGAGAGGAGAGCGAGGGAGAGGAGGAGAUCGGCAGCGCAGCGGCGCCAGGCCUCCGUCGGCCCCGGCCCGGCCAUGGGGAAGGUGCAGCUCUUCGACAUCCGCCUGGGCGAAAGCCGCGUCGUCUACAGCCCUGGCGAGCCGCUGGCAGGCACCGUCACCGUCCGCCUGGCGGGCGCCCUCCAGUUCCGCGCCAUCAAGGUGAGCUGCGUGGGGUCCUGUGGGGUGUCCAACAAGAUGAACGAUUCGGCCUGGACGGUGGAAGAACAGUACUUCAACAGCACCCUCUCUUUGGCAGAUAAAGGGGUGCUGACGGCUGGUGAGCACACCUUUCCUUUCCAGUUCCUGUUGCCAGCGUCUGCUCCCACGUCCUUUGAAGGCCCCUUCGGGAAGGUCUUGCACCAGGUCAAAGCCGUGAUCGAGACGCCUCGCUUUUCCAAGGACCACAAGUGCAGCAAAGUCUUCUACGUCCUCUGCCCACUGAACCUGAAUGAUAUCCCCGAAAUUGAGCCGAACACCACGUCUCUCACCAAGAAAUUCAGCUACAAGCUUGUGAAAAGCGGCAACGUGGUCCUGACGGCCACCACGGACCUCAAGGGCUACGUCGUCGGGCAAGUCAUCCAGCUGCGGACGGACAUCGAGAACAAAUCUGGCCGCGACACCAGCACCAUUGUGGCCAGCCUCAUCCAGAAAGUGGCCUACAAAUCCAAGCGUUGGAUUUACGACCUGAGGACCAUUGCGGAGGUGGAAGGCUCGGCUGUGAAGGCGUGGAAGCGCGCCGAGUGGAAGGAGCAGAUCCUCGUUCCAGCCUUGCCUCAGUCCAUCCUGCAGGGCUGCAGCCUGAUCCACAUUGACUACUACAUCCAGGUUUCCCUCAAAUCUCCAGAGGUGUCCGUCGCUCUCCCAAUCUACAUUGGCAACAUCGCCGUGAACAGAGUCCCUCUCAGCCCGUCCCGAUCGGCCCCCCACAUCCCCUCGCCUGUGGUCCCGAGCGCCCCCCCGGAAGACGAAGAGGCUGCCGGCCCCGUCCACCCCAUGGACAACAUCUCCAUCCCCACGAAGAGCCACUCCCAGCAACAGCCGUUCAGCUACGCCCCCGGCUUGAGCUUCCAGGACGCGCGGCUGGACUCGGAGCAGGGUGCCUCCCCCAACCACCCCACGCUCUGCCUGUCGACGGGGGCGACGGUCCCGUAUUAUGCCGAGGGCACGGUCGUGCCGGUCCCCACGGCCGGUUCUCUCAUCUUGCCGCCGGAGUACAGCACCUGGGGCUAUCCGUAUGAGGCUCCCCCAUCCUACGAACAGAGCUGUACCGGCGCCAACUCCAGCCUUAGCAACGGCAAUUAGUCUUGGGCUCGUCCGGGCCGAUUCGGGAGCCGAUUCGGGAUUCUUGGGCUCGUCCAGGCCGAUUCGGGAGCAAGGACGGCCGAGAAGUUAUUGCCUGGAGGGCGGUCUCUUCGCAAACUCCCCGGCCACCGCCCAGCUGCCUUUGUGGAUGCCUUGCGGAAUGGUCUCUGUCCUUGUACUGUCCGACUUGCUGCUGUACUAUCUGAACACCCGUGAUGCCUUAUUCUGAGCCGCGAGGGAGUUUUGUACAGAUGGGCGUGGAUUCUUUCUCACUCUCUCUGUGUGUGUGUGUGUGUGUGUGUAUGUUUCUGUGUCUUUCUGGAGUCGCACUCCUUCUUCGUGGUGUGCGUGCGUGGAUGGGUACGCCCGGGUCCGAAUUGGUUACCUUUUAAAUUUACAUUUCAAUUGGAGCAGAAAACUGUCCGCUCCCAUCCAGGAGUCAACCAGACGAGUGCACCCUGUUCCGGUAGGGCGCCCCCGGAGACUAGAGCAGGUACUGCCGAAGGAUCGCGUCCCCGCGUUGGGGAGUUCCCGCAGGAAAACCUAGCAGAAGACACUGACCCUUCAGCGACAAGGCUCCCCUCUCACGUGGCGCCUGGGUCAGCCCUGGUUUUGGAGUCCGUGCACAGGCGUGUGAGGAAGAUGGCGUGGGCGUCUCGGUGCCGGGGAGUGACUCUCCGAAGGGCAAGCCAAUCCUGCCGUGAACAAGGUGCUCAGCCGCUUUGAGCCAGCCUUGGGUGGGAACGCCUUAUAUGACUUUUUUUCCUCCAUGGCCGCCUUAGCCGAUUGAGUCUUGCAAGGAUAGAAAUGGGCAGGUUGGUCCAGGCCAGAAAGAGACGCACCUCCGAGGCACUUUGGAUUACAGGUGCUUGUAGCAGCGCUUCCUUCCUUCCUUCCUUCCUUCCUUCCUUGCUCAUCUCCCCACCCCACCACUAAAAAAAACCUCUGCAGCUUUGGACGGGCUGGAAACUUCUGACAAUCACCUUUUGAGGCCUGACUGCUACCUCUGACUUCUCUCCCAAGGAGCAGGCCUGGAUUAUGGGAGCAGCACUUUUUAAAAGGAAAAAAAAGAAAAUGUCCUUGUUGUAAAAGAGAGAUCUUAAAGCUUGGGGUUGUUUUUUUUUCAGAGCGUGGAGGCUGCCCAGUGGCUUCCGGCCAAGAGAAUUCCGUUGGCCGCUCUCUGUCUGGUUCCGUAAGCGGAAGUCCCUUCUGCCACUUUUCCAGCAUGGCACCUUUUGAAAACGAGUCGGCCUGUUAGAGAGGCCCGUGUUGCGGCUACGGAGCUAGCAACGUCCUGGGGCUCAAAGGAAUUCUGAGGGUCGGUUUCUGACUUGAGCCCCCUGUGACGGCACGGGGCCAUCUGCCCACUACCGCUUUCCGGGACCGAAAACUUUCUGCUCGCCUCGCUUGCUGAGCUCCCGGCUGUUGGGCGGUCAAAACGAUACGGAGACAAAGGUUCACUCUCCUGCACCUAUAGGAUGACUAGGUCUUUCUUUUCCCCUUCCCUCUCUGUCCAUGUGUCUUUUGAUCAAUUUUAAUGGUGAAAAUUUCAAACACAAAUUUUAAUGUAUUUAAUAAAUUAUUCUGAGAAAAGCG